AUGGAGAUACACCCUGUAUCCACUGCAAUCACCAAGUCCCCCACAGCCACGGGGGCAGAAGAGGUCUCUCAUGACCAAGCACCCACAAGUGACGGCCUUGCUCCCACCUUGUAUGCGCCUUCGACCUCUGUUCCACAGCUUCCGCCCAUAGUUCACCUCGUUCAUGGCAGACUGGGACGAGAGAAAGUCUACACAGUCAUGUCCCCCGACUAUGACACACCCUGCAUCAUCCUCGUCGACAUGCACUGGUACUCCUCGUCCUUCACUAUGAAGAUGUUGAACGGAGAAAGUCUCACUACUGGGGUUUUCCCGACCGCACGCGGGAAGGUCGGUACAUACUUCGGCCACAAUUUCCUCGAAGUCAAGCUACCCUCUCCUUUGCCCACUCAAACCUCAGGUACCAAGAUCACCAUGAAAUGCCACAUGUCUCCCUUCCAACCUUAUUUCAUCAACUUGGUCUUGAUUGUGAAGGCGCUUAGAAAGGCAUUCCAUCGGAAACUGGUUCGAAGGUCUGGCCCUAAAUCUGGCACCGGCAACUCAAGCAUGCUACCACAGGAGGGCUUCAAGAGCGACGGCGAGGAUAUUGUAGCUUUCAUGGCAGACAACAGUCGAUGGAAACCGGGCCACAGCUUCACUCUCCACUUCAAGGCCUCCGGGCUUGAGGGCACCUUGGGCGAAAAUUAG